UAUCAAAACUCCACAAUAAACAAAAAAACAUAAAUACACAUAUAUAAUAAACAAAAAAACAUAAAUACAUAUAUUAAAGAAAAAUGUUAACACAAGUCACCAAUUAACUGCGCGAGAUAAAUUUACGUUACAUCCCCACUCGUUAAACCGCAAUGAUAACCGCUAGCCAAUUCAAGAGUAGAAUGUAAAAUAAGCUUACGAUAAACUGUAAACUGCAACAAGCGCAAAACGUGCGACGGGGAUUUCUCCCCGGUAUUCCACUUUUCAAUUCUCAAUACCGCGUAACGUCGUCUGCAAUUUGUACCGGAUUGCAUUGGAUUAUCCGCCUGGGCGCGAACAGUAACUCCCCAAAAAUGGAGGCAGCUAUUCUGGAUAUAAUCAACGGGAUCCUGACCAUAGACACGGAACGAAUCCGUGAGUCCACAGCCAAGAUGCUAAAGGCCUACGAGAAUCCCGAUUCUCUGCUGGUUCUCACCCAGAUCGUGAUGUCGGACAGGCCGGUCCAAGAGCGGCAGGUCGCCGCCGUGCUCCUCAAGAGGCGGGUCAAAAAGUUACGCCACUGGCAGUUGGUUCCCGCCGAGCACCAGGCAGCAAUCAAAUCGAACAUGCUACAGGUCCUCAUCGCGGUGAAGGAAAAGACCGUGAAGGGCACGGUGGCCUUUAUAAUUGGAUCGCUGGUGCGCCACGAGGAGGGCGAGCAAAACUCCUGGAGGGAGGAAAUACUGAAGUUUAUUUACGAACGUUGCAGCAGCCCCGAUCCAAUAGAAAGCGAGCGGGGCAGCUCAAUCUUUUCCUCGCUCAUGGACGCUGCUCCCGAUCAGUUUUCGGACCACACGGAUACUAUGUUCCCAUUGCUUGCCGGCAUUCUAGUUACCGCCGAGGCGAAUGGGAACAUGGCCACACCCACCGUGCAUAACAUGCUGACCGGUUCAUGCUUCUUGUUGCCUUUCGCCCUGGCCGCCUUUGUCGAAAAGGGGUACAGUAUUGAGUUCAUGGGUGCCUUUGAUAUCAUCGACAGCAUGGCCGAGCAUGUGCCCCACUUGCUGACCGGUAAUGUGAAGCUGCUUCUGGAGUUUUGUCUGAUGAUUGCGAGAAACAAGCAGUUCGACGCUUCGAUUCGGGUUCAGGUGCUUACCUUUGUAGGCAGCCUAGUUCGCCUCAAGAAGAAAAUUAUUAUGAAGCAGAAACUACUACAGCCCACACUAUCUGUUCUUUUCGAAGUGAUUUGCCAGGACGACCUCGAGGAAGACGAUGAUUACUUUUCCUCGGAGAGCCUGAGUAGUCCAUCCAAUGCAGCUGCGCAGACACUGGACCUGAUGGCCCUUCACAUGGUGCCGGACAAGUUUAUUCCGCCACUACUGGAUUUGCUGGAGCCUGCGUUGCAGAGCCCGGAACCUGUGCUUCGCCGUUCCUCUUUUAUUUGCAUGGGCGUUAUUGCCGAGGGCUGUUCCGAGGCCAUUGGGAAAAAGUAUCUCGAGGUCAUGCUAAAUAUCAUCAAAGCUGGAGUGUUGGACUCUGUUAUGUUCGUGCGGACCGCCGCAUUCUUCGCCCUCGGUCAGUUUUCCGAGUUUCUUCAGCCGACGAUCUGCAAGUUUGCUCCCCAAAUUCUACCCGUGUUGUUCGACUAUCUAAACCAGCUGGUACUGGAACUCAAGGUUGGUGAGCCGGAUUCGAAACAUAUGGAUCGUAUGUUUUAUGCCCUGGAGACCUUUUGCGAGAAUCUGGAUGAGGAUAUUGUUCCUUAUUUACCCACACUUAUGGAUCGUCUGUUUGGGGUUAUGGAACCGCAGAACUCAAAUCAAAUGCGUGAAAUGGCUUUGUCGGCCAUAGCAGCGGUGUCAGCAGCAGCUAAGGAAAACCUGAUGCCAUAUUUCCCCAGGAUCAUGACCGUACUACAGGGCUGUCUGGUGAAGGAUUGCCCAAAAGAAAUGUACAGUCAGCGCAUCCAAGCUAUCGACACUCUGGCCGCGCUGUGUCGCGAAUUGGGCAAGGAUAAUAUUAUUCCUCUUGCCGACGAUACAAUGAACUUCUGCCUGAUGAUGCUGGAAGACGGUCCGGAUGAUCCCGAGUACCGCAGGAGUAUAUACAACCUGAUGUCCUCCCUGUCAUCAGUUGUCAACGAGAGCAUGGCCAGUGUGUUCCCCAAGUUCAUUGAUCGCAUAAUGGAGUCUGUGAUUUUUUCGGAGGACAUGGUGCCAAAUGUGUCGGACAAUGCGGACGAUGAUUUGGCCCUAGUAGAUGCCCCCGACAUAGAGAUUGAUUUAGAGCACACAGACGACGAAGAUGACCAAGACGCUUACCCGGUGGAGAAUGAUUAUAUCGUCGAAAAGGAGGAGGCCAUUCUGUCACUCAAGGAGUUUGCUACCCAUACCGGCGCCGCCUUCGCGCCCUAUUUGCAAUCUGCAUUCGAGAACGUCUACAAGAUGAUUGAUCAUCCGCAAGGCGACGUUCGUAUGGCAUGUAUUGACUCCAUUUGCUCGUUCAUUACGGCUCUCCACAAGUUGGAUGAUGCCGCCGGCCUGAAGCGCGCCUGCGAGAUUGCCAUUCCAAAGUUUGCACAUAUAAUGCGCACCGACGACCAGGUUGCGGUCGUACUCCGCAUGCUUGACGUCCUCUACGAUGUCUUCAAGUACGUGCCGGCGAUAAACAGCCAGGAGCACGCCGAACUUAUAUUCGGUUGCAUCAGGGACAUCUUCACAAAUAAAAUGGCCUGUCAGUUUAACGAGGAGAGCGGCGGCGGAGAUGAUGAGUGUUCGGAGGAAAGCGAGAACGACGAGAUGCUGUUCGAGAACGCUGCCAAUCUGUUCCCCAUGUUUGGCUUAACCCUUCAGCCGGAGCUGUUCUCGCUUUAUUUUGGACGCCUUUACCAUUUCUAUAUUCAAAGGCUGGCGAAGGUAAAGGAGCGCGAUUUACCAGAACAGCGGGCAUACAUCUAUGGCGCACUUGCUGACUGCUGCAAGGCGUUAAAAGGUUGCUGUGCUACUUAUUUCGAUGCCCUACGUCCCAUUUUUAUCGCCGGUUCCAGGGAUUCUGAUGCCAAAGCGCGACAGAACUCCUAUUUUGCACUAGGCGAAAUUGUCUUCCAUUCCGAGGAAAAAUCAUUCGAGUCUUAUCCGACAAUUUUGCAAGCCCUUUCCGAAGCAAUUGUCAGGGAAUCCGUUCCUGCCGCCAUGGACAACAUUUGCGGAGCAGUUGCUCGUCUCAUAGUUACCAACCCAGAUUCAGUGCCGCUUGGCCAGGUGCUGCCCGUGUGGCUCAACCAUUUGCCACUGAAGGAUGACACCGUGGAGAACGAUGUGAUUCAGAAGGCGUUCCGUGUGCUAUACUUGAAGGCCCGCCCCAGCAUUGAGGCACAUCUUGAGCAAAUCCUGGCCAUCACCAUAGAGGCGAGUUACAAGAGACAGAUGCCUGACGUCGAGACAACCGAGAGCGCGGUGGCCCUCAUCAAAGAGAUUCGCGCCAACUACCCGGAACUGUUCAGCAAAGUAUCGAACAUGAAUCCAGAAGUGUUCAAUUAUGUGCAAGCCCUGUAAGCCCACAUAUCCGUGUGAAAACCACCAAACAGCUCAGCACACCCAACGUCCUCCGCCCGCAGAUUCAUUUAUUGGAAGUGAUGCAAGCUUUUUAUACGAAUACUUUCGAAAUAGUCUUAAAUUUCAGUUGUGCUUCUGUGGAGUUAAAUCAUUCAAGAUGAGCGAUCUUUAAAAUGGCAAGAUGAAGGUUUCUACGCGCCAAAAAACGGAGGCAAAUGUUUUCUAACUUAUAACCACAUCCAGUGAGACAUUAAUAUGCAUUGAAAUAAUAUAGGGAUUACUUGUUUCAUUG